UUCCAGAAAAAUCUAGUGAGUUCACGAUCUUGAAAACUGACAUUCCAGUUUCUAAGAUCCACACAUGUACCAUUGUCUCAUCCUUAGAAACAAUAGUAGAUUCAUUAUAAAUAGGAUCCUUCCUUCAUUCUCCAACAACUUAAUAUAUUCACUGUAGUUUCAUUAUUCAAUAUCAAACCUUUUAUAUAUUUUCUCUCAAAGUAACCAACUUCAAUUCAAUUCAAAAGUAUGGCUCCCUGUGGAGAGAGUUUCCCAAACCCUAAUUUUGGUAGGAACAAUAUUGCCAAGCCACCGAAGCAGUCACUAUGUAAUAACAAUCAUAUUCAAAGAACCUUCUCAGACAUCUCGUUCGAGCUCGCGAAAGAAGAGAUCAAUGAUUUGAAGACACUUACGCCCAUAAGUGAGGUAGAGGAUGCAAAGUGCGAGUGUUGUGGCAUGUCGGAAGAGUGCACGCCGGAGUACAUAGGCCGCGUUCGUGGCAAAUUCUCCGGCAAGUUUGUGUGCGGGUUGUGUUCGGAGGCGGUGAAGGAAGAGUUGGAGAAGAACGGAGGGAAGAAGGAGGAAGCACUGAACUCACACAUCAAUGCUUGUGUUAGGUUCAACAAGUAUGGUAGGGCUUUCCCUGUUUUGUUCCAAGCUGAAGCCAUGAAAGCCAUGUUGAAGAAGAACAAAAUGGAAGGGAGAAGGGCUAAGUCCUUUAACCCUAGGGACACCAACAAUGGACCAAAGAGAGGAUCCAUUGCAAGGGCAAUCACAAGAGAGAUCAAUGAUCUCACUCUUGCAAAUUAAUUAAUUAGUUUUGCGACUUGAGUGCAGUUGUCUGAUGUUGUUUAACGGUUUCUCAAUAUCAAUUUUACAUAAAGACAACUGCAUACAACUGCAUGUGAGUUUUCUCCUUCGAAAUAACUAUCGAUUUAGAAAAAGUAGUAAUUGAAAAAUUAAUGUAUUUUAGACAAUUUGUCUGUAUACAUAGAUUUUUCAAUGAACUACUUUUUCGUACUAAUUAAGGGGAACAUGGUUAUGUAUUAUCUUUGUUUACCUGUUCCCUAUAAUUUUCUCUGCUGACCGAUGUUUCAAUUUGUGUGCAAUGGGAAGAAGACCUAAGUCACCUUAAUUGUAAGGGUUUUUUUCAGGUCUUUGAACCCAUGCAUGCAUGAAUUAUAGUUUUUGGAAGUUGGUUUGUAGUGCCACUUCUUAUUUUUCCUUCUUUCUCUUGAGACUUGAGAGGGUUAUAGUCCAUGUUGCGUUUUAGGUCAUCAGGGUAUGCAUGUCUUUUAUUUCUUGUUUUAUCCAAUAAAUUAAAAUAAUAUGUAUUCUAGAUAUUAUUGCCAAUCUUAUAUAUAUAUGUUAUUCUUAA